AUGCUAACUUCUGAUUUGAUACGAGAAUCAGAGGAUGGUCCGGUUUCUGGAAGUCCCAAAAUGUAUCCAAGAACUGCUUCGGCGAUGAGACGGAUGUUAUCAAUGAGCUCUUCCUCGUCAAGAGUCGAUGGAAGAUCAAGGAUCGAAUUGCGAGCUGGAUCUGUUGGGGAUGGCAGGGAAAUGGCCACUUUGGAGGAUGGUACCUCAGAAGAUCGUGUUGCCAACGAUGAAUACAAAAUCUGGAAGAAGAACACUCCGUUUUUGUAUGAUCUCGUCAUGACACAUGCACUGGAAUGGCCAUCUUUGAGUGUGCAAUGGCUCCCAGAAGUCACAAAGGAUAGCAGUGAUCACACUGUUCAUCGACUGAUUCUCGGUACACACACAUCGGACGAGCAAAACCAUCUUCUCAUCUCCAAAAUUAGCAUGCCAACUGAUGAGGCGCAAUUCGAUGCUUCUCGUUACGACACUGAACGUAGUGAAUUCGGAGGUUUUGGUGCUGUCAACGGGAAAGUCGAGCCAGAUAUCCGUAUCAACCACGAGGGCGAAGUGAACCGUGCUCGAUACAUGCCACAAAAGACGAACAUCAUUGCCACCAAGUCCCCGUCUGCUGAUGUUUACAUUUUUGACUAUCUAAAGUAUCCAGCUAUCCCACGUGAUAACACGUUCAAUCCAUUGAUCAAGCUGAAAGGACAUUCCAAAGAAGGAUACGGAUUGUCGUGGAACCCAAACAAGGAAGGACUCAUUCUCUCGGCUUCAGAUGAUCAGACAGUCUGUCAUUGGGAUAUCAAUGCAAGCCAGAAUGUCAGCGGGGAACUGAUGGCAAGAGACGUUUUCAAGGGACACGAAUCUGUUGUGGAAGAUGUUGCGUGGCAUGUCCUUCAUGACGGUGUUUUCGGAUCUGUCGGUGACGACAAGAAAUUGCUGAUUUGGGAUGUUCGAACAAAUACUCCAGGACACUCAAUCGACGCUCACACCGCUGAGGUCAACUGUUUGGCUUUCAACCCAUACUCAGAAUUCAUUUUGGCUACUGGCUCUGCUGACAAGACUGUCGCUCUCUGGGAUCUCCGUAAUCUUCGCCUCAAACUUCAUUCAUUCGAGUCGCACAGAGACGAAAUCUUCCAAGUCCAAUGGAGCCCGCAUAAUGAGACUAUUCUUGCAUCCAGUGGAACCGACAAGCGACUCCAUGUGUGGGAUCUGUCAAAGAUUGGAGAAGACCAAUCUGCUGAGGAUGCCGAGGAUGGGCCACCAGAGCUUCUGUUCAUUCACGGAGGACAUACCGCCAAAAUCAGUGAUUUCUCGUGGAAUCCAAAUGAGGCUUGGGUGGUGUGCAGUGUCUCUGAAGAUAACAUUCUUCAAGUAUGGCAGAUGGCAGACAACAUUUACAACGAAGUUGAAGAAGAUACUCCAGCCGAAAUGGUUGAAAGACCUAUGUGA